AUCGCCAUGAACGCUGUCGCUGGUCUUAUAAUCGCGUGUCUGGCGCUCACCAUCUACGGUUUGCCACGUCCGCAAAUCGUCGGUGGCAAUGACGCUCUAGAUGGCGCAUAUCCUUAUCAGGUGUCAUUGAGAAAUUUGACAUUAAAUUCUUCAUCUCAUUUUUGUGGUGGAGCCAUUAUAAGCGAAAAUUACAUUAUUACUACUGCCCAAUGUAUUAAUCAAUUCGAGAAUCCUUACAACGUUUAUGUCGUCGUUGGAAGCAAUUAUCUUAACGCGACUGAUGCAGUCAAUAUACCACAUCAAACAUAUCAAGCAAAAAACUUGAUAGUACACGCUGGUUUCAAUAAUUUACUACGUAUUCAUGAUAUUGGUUUAAUCCAAGUAUCAAGCAAUAUCACAUUUAAUGAAAACGUCCAACCGAUUGCUUUGUCAACUACCGAUCGCAAUUUCGAUGAUUAUCCUCUCUUAGUCACUGGCUGGGGAGAUCUUUGGUCGAGCGGUUUAGCUUCUAAUCGUUUGCAAGAAAUUAUAGUAAGAGGAUAUUCCCAUGAGUUAUGCAGCAGAUGGGCACACAUCAAGGAGACUCAUAUAUGUACCUUUACAAUGGAGAAUGAAGGAUUUUGCCACGGCGACGGCGGUAGUCCACUCGUUGCUGAUGGCGUUUUAGUUGGUCUUAUGUCAUACAGUUAUGGUCCGUGCGGUACAGGUACUCCCGACGUAUCUACCAGAAUAUCUUCCUAUCGAUCAUGGAUUAAAUACUACACAGGGAUCUGACACUGUAAUAGAUCUACAUUAAAUUGUUAUUUCGAAAUUUUUUACAAUUGCAACAUUUAUUAUUU